GCUACAUACAGGGUAAAUAGGAAGUAAAUAAGACAGGGGAGGCACUAGAAUUUGAGAAAGGCUUCCUGUUGCAGGAUCAGGAACAUGACCAUCUUUGUAUAUGGCUGAGCAGGGGAAGUGAAUAGGUUAAGGAACUGAGUGGUUAGGGUGUUUGUGGGAGAGUAAAUACGUAUGUUGAAGUUUCCUAAUGUGAGGACAGGAGUUGGGAAAGAAAAAUUUAGGACUAUGUACUGAAUUCAUUGAGGAAGGAAGGGAAAUGACUUGGAGCUUUGUAGUCAACAGCUUACCACGGUUUUGAUUGAGUGGUAAAGACAAAUAGUAUGAACCUUAAAGGAGGAGAGGUUACUGAGUGAUGUAGAUAGGGAGCGAAGCAAGUGGCAAUGGGGAACAAGGAGUAUUCAACUUGACCUGCACCAGUGAUCAGAGGGGAAUGAAUGAAGGUGCAGCCAAUACUGGAAAGAAUGGCCAGGGAGGUUGUAUCAUCAGCAGGGAGUCAGGUUCCUGAAAUAGCUAAAAGAUGGAAGUAAUGGAAGAGAAAAAGAUUUAAGAUGAUGAGAAAUUUGUUGCCUAUGGAACAAGCAUUCCAGAAGGCACAGUGGAACAGUGAGGGUGGUAUUUGGUUGAAACUUUGCGGUGGAAAAUCAUGGGGGGAACUGAAUAAAGCAAUCAGAUGGUGGAGGAUGGGGACAGGGUUUGGAUGAUGACCUACAGGGGUUCAGAAUCACUGGGAUGUGUAGGUUAUGUUUGGAUUUGAAGCUGUCAUUGAGUGGAAGUUGUUUUCCUCUUCCCAAAGGAGGCUGGAGAUUGGAUUGGAGACAAGUUCAGUAGAUGGAAGGCAUAUGGUCAGGUGGGGAGGCUCCAUUUUGCUGUUCCUCUUCCCUCUGAAGGCAGUAUUCUGUGAUCUCAUAAACUACAAAGUGGCAGAAGUAAGAUUUAGACCAGGGGUGGGGAACCUGCAGCCUGGAGGCCAUGUGGCCUUAAGGCCUCAGGGGAACCUGGUCUUCCUGAAUAUACAUUCCUGAUUUCAAGUUUGGUAUACUAUCAACUGUGUCACAUUGCCUGUGGUGAGGAAAGUGGUAAUAUUGCUAUCAUCACUAGUUUAGAUAGUAAAGCAUUCUAAGAAUUGUAGAUUCUGAUAGCUUGGUACAUAUGUUAUUAAAUAUCCUCUUUUAUAAAUAUGCUUUUGAUCUAUCAGUAAAACAUAGUAGUAGUAAAGAUUUAUAAAAUUUUGAAGUCUUCACAAAGAUAGCCAUUUUGCCUUUUGGUCAUAUUACUGAGAUAUUUCUAUUCUCAUGGUCCAAAAGAUUUAAACACAAACACUUCUGAAGAAAAACAGACUUCUGGCAGUCUAGAGUUUCAAAGUAGAAAAUCUGUAAUGCAGUUGUAUUUACAGAUCUUAAUUGCUAUUAGGUUGUUUGGAAAAAGGCAAGCUCCAGGGUAACCAAGACCUAAACCACAUGGGGCUUCUAGAUGAAGAUCAACUUUUUGAAUUAAGGACUUCUGGCUAGUGUGGGUCAGAUCUGACUAGAAUGAGUUUGAUGCCUUCCACAAGUCUAUACUUGUUGGCUGUGGAAACACCAUAGUUCAUUGGCCUGCAGCGGGUGAUAAUUGGCUUUUUUUUUUUUUGCAAUAAAACACAGGUAAAUUCUUUAAUUUUUUACUUUUAAGUUUUAACUUCUCUAGAAUCUGUUCCUCAUUGUGACAGUUCAUCUUUUGUUCUAUUUCUUUUUAAUUUUCAAUUUUUAAAGCCUAACCAAUCUACUACAUUAACUGUUUGCACUGAAAUCUUGCUGAUAAUUUCCAAUAUUUUUUCUUAUUUCUCUCUCCUGGAAUAGUGUCCUUUAAGACAGUCUUUUUCUUAAUGAUGUUAGAGAAUUCAGAGCUACUGAGACUUUUAGAGAUCAUUUAGUGUGAUGCUUUUGUUUUACAGAUGAAGUAAAUAAUUGAAGCUUAGAUAGAUGAAGUGCUUUUUCCUGAGAUGAUACAGGAACCUGGCCAGUUCCUGGACCAAGUAAAAACAUCUACCAGAAUCACGGACACCUCUGGCACGGCGCCUUCUUUGUUAGAGGUCCUAUUUAAAUCCUAACUGGGAAAGCCAUCUUUGGAUUCUCACCCAUGGAGAGGAUGCUCUGCCUGAAACUUUUCCAAUCAGGACCCGAUCUUUUGCAUAUUUUACAAUGAAAAACCGAGCACCACAGAUCCUAAUAAAGGUUAUCAAUACAUUGCAGCAACAUAAAAAUGAGUUCUUUGAGAAGCUUGGAGAGGUAGGCACUGAAGCAGAAAAGAAACUUCUCUCUCUUCUUUCUAAGUUACUAAAUGAACUACAAACUGAUGAGCCAUUACUACCUUUGACUGAUAACUGGGUUGAUACUGAUAUAUGGAACCAAUACCUGAAAUAUCACCAUAGUCUUUUAAAUGAAACCAAUAAAAAAAUAAGCUGGUUUCAGUCUCCUUGGUUGUAUGUAGAGUGUUACAUGUAUCGCAGAAUUCAUGAAGCAUUAAUGCUAAGUUCACCAAUCAGUGACUUGGAUGUGUUUAAAGAACCAAAAGAACAGAAUUUCUUGGAAUCACAGGAAGCUAUUAGGAUUUUAUGUAGUUACCUACAAGGGUUAAAUAAGAUUGAAAACCUAGAUGAAAAUCAGCUGAAGGAUGAGUUUUUUAAACUCUUGCAAAUUUCGUUAUGGGGAAAUAAGUGUGAUCUGUCACUUUCAGGUGGUCAGAGCAGCUCUCAGACAUCUAGUCCACUGACUGUUUUGGAAGACCUGAAACCUUUCAUUUUAGUGAAUAAUAUGGACUAUCUUUGGUUACUGCUUAUAAACAGAAAGAAAAUGAGGCAGGAGACAUUUUCUGUUACUAGAGUGGAUUUUGUCCUGGAUAAUGCAGGAUUUGAACUUGUUACAGAUUUGGUAAUGGCAGACUUCCUGUUAGCAUCUAAGCUGGCUACUGAGAUCCACUUCCAUGGAAAAAGUAUUCCCUGGUAUGUUUCAGAUACUAAUAAAAAUGACAUAAAUUGGGUGAUUGAACAAUUAAAAGCUGCUAAUACCAAGUGUAUGUCUGAGUGUGGGAUUAACUGGGAGGACUAUUUUAAAAAGCAUUCAUGGGUUUACCACGAUCAUAUGUUUUGGACUCUGCCUUAUGAAUAUUGUGCUAUGUCUCAGGUUGCUCCUGACUUGUAUGCUGAACUACAGAAGUCAAAUUUAAUUCUUUUCAAAGGUGAUUUGAACUAUAGGAAAUUAGUAGGAGACAGAAAAUGGGGGUUUACGGUUCCAUUUCAUCAGGCUUUGAAUGGCUUCCAUCCUGCACCUCUCUGUAGCAUUAGAACAGUAAAAGCUGAAGUUCAAGUUGGUCUGGCACCUGGGCAAGGGGAACAGGUUGCAGUUACUGAUCCUCAGUGGAUGAACACUGGAAAAUAUGGUAUAUUUCAGUUUGAUGGGCACUUUGAUUUGGCUUAGGGGAUUUUUAAACCUUCAAAGAAAACUAUAACAUAGCAUAUUUCCUUCCCUCAAAAGUAAUUUUAAAAUUUUACUACAUUGAGGGAUUAGGUUUACCUUUUGAAAGCUUACCCUUUCAGUUGUUUUUAUAUACUGAUGUUGCUGAUUAAGGUUCUUUAGGUUUAGCUGCUUUGGGAGUAUAAAGACAUUUCAUUUCUUAUUAUUUAUUGAAGUUUUAUAUCUCAAUAUUUCAAGUGGUUCAAAGAAUCUAAAAUAAAUGUAAAGAUUGCAUUUUGCUUUUAUAGCUAAAUAUACUUAGAUUUCCAUAUAUAGAAAGUAUAGUAAGCUACAUGUUAUUUAAUAUUUUGGGAAAUAUUGACAUUGUUUUUAUGUUGCAUCUUAUGGUGGCAGAAAUUUUAAUUUAUCUACCCUUAGGAUGAAUUUCUUAAAACUGUGAUGCUUGAACCACAGGGAAGUGGAAAAUUAACUUGAGGCAGUUCCUUUUGUACUUGAAUUUCUUAAUGAUAGUAGCCUGUAUUCGUAUGCAUUUUUUGUUCUUUAAUGCAUGCAUUUAAUUUUUUUAAAUAAAGUUUGUUGAAUUACAAAAAACAAAUUAGACUGGAAAGAUAUAUUAUUGAAGAAUGUGACAUCUUUUUCAUGUUUAUGAAUUAUAUCCAUGGAACUAAAAGAUAUUUUGAUCAAAUUUUCUUUGUAAAUGGACAAAUUGCUUUUCUGGAAUUUAUGUUCUACCUGCUAAUUGGUUAUAAUAGACUUUGCUCCUGAUUGAAAUAGCAUUUAUUCUCAUGCUUUGAAUUUAGAAGGAUAUCUAAGUUGUUUUAGAAAAUAUAACUUUACCACCUUGAUUUGAAAAAAUACAACUGAAUUUGUUUUCUGGGGCUUUGCUAAUAAAAUAAAUUACAUUAAAAUUCCAUUUGGUUUUGUUUUCCAUACCAGAGAGUUAAAAAUAGACAAUUAAAAGACUUGAGUCAAUACAGGGAACUACUAAUGCAUCAGAAACACAAAAGCAGACCUUAUACAAUACAAUUUCCAGGAGAUUGGUUUAACUUCCUUUCUUCCUACAUAGCUGGAAAAAAAAAUUCUGCAUCAACACUAUAUAUGUAAAAUAAUAGCUAAUUUCUUUCUUUGUAUAUUUUCAUUUGUGUAUUUUCAAAGAUAAGUUAUUGUACAGUAUAUUACAUUAUGUUAAGAGAAUAAACACAACAGC